UGCUUCCAAGUUGUUUCCUUUCUGUGUCGAAAGCGCGACGUCCAGGACAUAUUUAUCUGACACGUUGCCAAUAAACGUGCAUUUUAUCCAUUGAAUGGAGCAGCAUUUGCUUAUGGAAAGCGUGAUCAUGGAGAAAUGUCUGCGAAUAGCAUGCAUGUCUAUCGGGUGUUAUGAGCAAGUCUUUUAUCUCUUCGUCAUUGCCUCGUAGUCGUCGCAAUAUGCUGAUGAUGUUCAGUUAUAUUCUUACACUCCCCGCAGAAUGGCGUUUUUACCGAAGCGAAUCGUCAUUUUUUCAUUUAAGUCUUGCCUGCAUUUUAUUUAUUCUCAUACGCUAUGUUAGUAUUGUGACUAUAGUAGUCAGCAAUUACGGGUUCUUCUCCACUACCUUUACCCAACAAACCUGCCAAAAAUACUAUCUUGUUGCGCCUAUCUUCAAAGCAGUACAAACUAUGAUAUCACAGGUAAUUCUAGGUGUGAGAACAUUCAAUAUUGCAAGAAGAGAUAGGCGGAUAGGAAUUGCAUUAUUGCUACUAUACAUCUUGUCAAUUUCGGCGGAGUGGUUCGUAGAUCUAUUUCACGGGACCCCUGCCGUGCUUGAUUUAGUAUGUCACUGUACUUCAGUAAAUUCUGCCAGAGUAUUGUCAACCUGGUUCUACUACUUCCCUGUGAUGUUGUAUGACAUCGUGAUGGUGACGGUAUCUACCAUGCAUCUUCUGCGUUAUAAUCCUCUCAGUAACAGAGUUGAACGGCUGAUACGGGUCCUGAUUUAUGACGGCAUUGGAUAUUUUCUCGUGUUGUCCGUGUCGAACGUAUUGAACCUCAUAUUUUAUCAUACGACCAAUAUCGAGACCCAGUCGGCAGGGGCAUCAAUAGGUUAUACUGUGACCUGGAUCAUGAGCCAACGGAUUCUCAUUAAUAUACGGGAAAUGACACAGCCAAAUGCCCAACACAUAGAGAAAGUGAUCAUCGCGGGUCCGAGCACGCUCAAUAUGCAGAAAAGCGUGAUGUCCGGUCUCCGCUCACAGUUCGAGUCUAAGAGUUACUCCCGAGGCUCUAGAAGCUUUAGAAGCCCCAUAAAUACAGAGUUCAGGCCCACAUCGCCUCGUGAUCCCAACGAUAUGGAACUCAAUAUACGCGUACCCGUCGAGCGCCCGGUGGCAGUAGACGAGUCUAGGAAUUCGAGCUCGUGGGGGCCACCAGUGGUGGAAUGAGUUUGGGGCACUGGCGCUUGGCAAAGCAUCACAAAGAUCAGAUUGCAAAGUAUCUACUACGGAUGUGACUAUUACCCAACAUACAAUAUUUACAUAAAGAACCAGGCUUAGCGUAGGGAGAACCAAGACAGAUACAUAGUCUCGCCGAAACUGCGAACGAAUACGAAUUGUUGUUGGCAGACGUGUAUAUCAAACUGCUGAUAUAUAUCAUUUCAAGUUGACCAGCUCUUCGAAACAUUUACAGCAUGAUCAUAGCGAG